AUGGUGCUCAUGACCGAGCCGCGGUGCGAUGCGGAGGAGCCGAGGGCAGCGCGGGCCACCGGCCGGCGGGAGAACAGGGGCGCUCCGCGUCUUUCAGAUGGAGAAGAUGGAACUGAUGAAAAAAGAAAGGCUGGAAAAUCACCCACUGUGUCGCUUCAGACCCCUACUACUGAAAUGGAGUAUUUUGAUGACCGGAAAAAAGUUGAUGUUGAUAGGACCAAGAGCAGCACAGAUAGUCCAGUUCUGACAAUCAAGAGUGACUCCAAGAUUGAAAGGAAAAAACGUGCCUCAAAUCAGUUGAAGGCAAAUGCACACUUUCAUAAGCUGUUUCUAGAUGUUCCCAUUGAUGAGCCACUGAAACAAAGCUUUACCUGUGCUCUGCAGAAAGAAAUUCUGUACCAAGGAAAGUUAUUCCUUUCUGAAAACUGGAUUUGCUUCCAUUCCAAGGUUUUUGGUAAAGACACUAAGAUUAGUAUACCUGUGCUGUCAGUGACACUUCUGAAGAAAACCAAAACUGCCCUUCUUGUGCCAAAUGCUCUGAUUAUAGCAACAGUGACAGAUAGGUACAUGUUUGUCUCACUACUCUCCAGAGAUACCACCUACAAGCUAUUAAAAUCUAUCUGUAUACAUCUUGACGAUACAAGCAUGGGCAACAGUCCAAAUCCCUCUUCUGCAGAAAACAGUUUCAGGGCUGAUCGCCCUAGAACUCUGCACCUGGAUUUCAACCAAGAUUAUUCUGAUCUGGAUGGAAUAGUGCAGCAGCGCAGACAAGAGAUGGAAGAGUCCAGCAGCACAGGCUCACAGACACCAGAGCUGGAGUGCUUCCAAGAUUAUCACGUUGUUGAAACAGAGACUCAUUUGAAAUUUUCCAAGCCAGAGGCCAAGUCUGUUCAUUCAGAUGCACAUAGUAAACAUGGGCCUGAUGGAAAAGCCCAAAACAGUCCUCGAAAUGGCCAUUCAGAAGCCUUCAUGUUCCUCCACAAAGUGAAGUCCCAGAAGCUCUUAUCUCUGAACCAUGUACUUGUAUUUUAUGCAAUUCUUGUUUGUGUUUUAAUACUUUCUACCUUCUACAUGAGAUAUAAAAUCAGUGUCCUGGAGGAACGCCUUAUGUCCAUGACAGCCUUUGAUUCACAUAUUAAGGAACAACAAGUGCACCGAGAUUUGGGAUCUCACCUGCAAAUCAAUGCUGACGCCUUUUGUGAUGAGUUAACUGCUAAUCUUAGAAAACUGGAAAAGAUACAGAACAACUUACAAAAACUGCUUGAAGACGGUGAGUGAAACACCAAUGUUCUUGGACUGCUUCAGACCUCAUUCUUCUGUCUUGACAAACUGUUCCAAAGGAGCUCUGCUGGCCAGAGUUCAUGCUUCUUUAUUUUUAGUCCAAGCCAAGCUUAAACUACUGUAAAGCUCGUGUCAUCAUGCAAAAACAUCAGUUGAUUCUUCAGCAUGUAUCUAUAUAUUUUGCAAACAUAUAUGGUUUGGUCUACAUGUAU